CCUCCACACUUAUCUCCUGCACAUACUGCUCACUGUCAUACCCUCCACACUCCUCUCCUGCACAUACUGUCCACUGCCAUACUCUCCACACUCCUCUCCUGCACAUACUGCCCACUGUCAUACCCUCCACACUCCUCUCCUGCACAUACUGCUCACUGCGAUACCCUCCACACUCAUCUUCUGGACAUACUGCCCACUGUCAUACCCUCCACACUCCUCUCCUGCACAUACUGCCCACUGUCAUACCCUCCACACUCAUCUCCUGUACAUUCUGCUCACUGUUAUGCCCUCCACACUCAUCUCCUGUACAUUCUUCUCACUGUCAUACCUUCCACACUCUUUUCCUGUACAUACUGCUCAUUGUCA